AUGUGUGGUAUAGGUGACGAUAAACAAGAAGUUGAUGAAGGGGAUAUCGAACCAAGAGAAGAGGAUAGCCAAUACAGUCUCACAGGCAUUCUUCUUCCAUCUCUUGGUGCCACAGCUAUUUGCAAUGACAAUCAGAAACAUAAGCUUCGUCGUUUCAUUAUAUCCCCAAAUAAUCACAAUUACAGGCUAUGGGACAAGUUUCUGGUGAUAUUGGUUUUCUACACUGGUUGGGUGUGUCCAUUUGAAUUUGGUUUCCUUGACAAAUCUAAAGGUCCACUCAUUAUAACUGACAAUGUUGUAAAUGGACUUUUUGCCAUUGAUAUUGUGCUUACAUUCUUCGUUGCAUACCUUGAUAAAUCCACUUAUUUACUCAUUGAUGAUCAUAAGCUCAUUGCUUUAAGAUAUAUUAAAUCAUGGUUGGUCUUUGAUGUUAUUGCUUCCAUUCCUUAUGAAGUUGUUCACAUUGUGCUACCACCUUCUCUUCAAAUAUAUGGGUACUUCAGUAUCCUUCGCCUUUGGCGCCUACGAAGAGUUAGUGCCAUGUUUGCAAGAUUGGAAAAGGACAGAAAUUAUAACUACUUUUGGGUCCGUUGCUCCAAGCUUACAUGGGUUACUCUAUUCUCGGUGCAUUUUUCUGCAUGCAUUUUCUAUUUUCUUGCUGUAAGGCGUGAUCCAAAAUCAACAUGGCUUGGACUUGUUCCUGAUGCCAUUGACCAGAAUUUGUGGGGAAAAUAUGUAGUAUCAAUAUAUUGGGCCAUAGUGACUCUUACAUCAGUUGGUUAUGGCGAUUUGCACCCUAUAAAUACAAAAGAAAUGGUAUUUGAUAUUUUGUAUAUGCUCUUUAAUCUUGGACUCACCUCAUAUCUAAUAGGAAACAUGACCAACUUGGUUGUCCAUUGGACAAAUAGAACUAAGAGAUAUAGAGAAACUGUCCAGUCUGCCUCAAAUUUUGCCAAAAGGAAUCGUUUGCCUAUCCGUUUGCAAGAACAAAUAUUUGCUCACUUGCUUAUGAAGUAUAGAACUGAUUUAGAAGGACUACAACAACAAGAGAUUAUUGAAUCCCUUCCAAAAGCCAUUCAAUCUAGCAUCUCACACUACCUGUUUUAUUCACUUAUCGAUAAAGUGUACUUGUUUCAUGGAGUAUCAAACGAUCUACUUUUUCAAUUGGUUACAGAGAUGAAGGCUGAAUAUUUUCCUCCAAAGGAAGAUGUGAUUUUGCAAAAUGAAGCUCCAACAGACUUUUAUAUAUUGAUUACUGGAGCAGUUGAUCUUGUUAUUCAAAAGAAUGGAAUAGAGCAGGUUAUUGGCGAGGCAAGGACAGGAGAUUUAGUAGGAGAAAUAGGAGUGUUAUGUUAUAAGCCACAAGUAUUUACUGUUAGAACUAAGCGAUUAAGCCAACUUCUACGAUUGAAUCGAACUACAUUUGUAAAUCUUACUCAUUCAAAUAUUGGAGAUGGAACAAUAAUCAUGAACAAUUUUCUUCAGCAUUUGCAUGAAUCAGAGGCGCCGUUGAUGAGAGAAAUUUUGGUAGAAACACAGGCAAUGCUAACUCGGGGAAAAAUGGAUUUGCCAAUUAGUUUAUUUUUUGCAGCUAACAGAAGUGACGAUAUAUUAUUACAUCAGUUGCUAAAGAAGGGUUCAGAUCCAAAUGAAGCAGAUAGGAAUGGAAAGACUGCAUUGCAUGUUGCAGCUUCUAAAGGCACUAAACAUUGUGUAGUUUUGCUUCUAGAACAUGGAGCUGAUCCCAACAUCCAAGAUUCAGAUGGAAAUGUCCCACUGUGGGAAGCAAUAAAAGGUGGGCAUGAAUCUAUCAUCAAACUUCUUGAAGACAAUGGUGCAAACUUAUCAUCUGCUGAUGUAGGCCAUUUUGCAUGCAUCGCUGUUGAGCAAAAUAACUUAGAAAUGCUUAAGAACAUUGUUCAAUGUGGUGGGAAUGUGACACGGUCCACAAGUAAUGGAACCACUGCCCUCCAUUUUGCAGUGAGUGAAGGAAACGUUGAAAUGGUGAGAUUCCUUAUAAACCUUGGAGCAAACAUUGACAAGCAAGAUGGUAAUGGCUUGACUCCAAGGUAUUUAGCAGAUCAACAAUGCCACGAAGAAAUACAAAAUAUUUUCCAAAACAUUGGACAAAUCAAAGUAACAAAUGCUUCUCCUACAAUAUCAAAGAAUGGAGGGUUUGUAAAGUGUCGAAGUACACCCUCUUCCCAAGGACGCAUGCCACCUUAUCAAGAACUGACAUGGUUUGAUAAUCAUCAAAGAAGAAGGGUUAGCCCUUUUCAUAAUUCCUUUUUUGGGAUAAUGUCCGCAGCAAGUGAUAAAAAGGAUUCCAGCUCUCCAUCCGUCAGAAUAACAGUUAGUUGUCCAGAAAAAGGUGAACAUGCCAAAAGGCUUAUUUUUCUCCCAAAUUCUCUUCACGAACUGCUACAUAUUGGUGUUGAAAAGUUUGAUUACUCACCCACCAAAAUAUUGACUAAAGAAGGAGCUAUAGUUGAAGACAUAGAGGUUAUAAGAGAUGGUGAUCUUCUUAUUCUUGCGCGCGACUGA